AUGCCGCCCACAAUCUCCAUACCCAGGUUUCUCCUACCAUUGCGAUCUCCCAUCUGGUCAUUGUCCCCUAAAACCACGAUUCGCAAUGUCUCCUCCAAACCACCCAAGAAAAAUGCAUCCAAAAAAUCCCCCAAACCCCUCGUCCUCGAGAAGCCCUCUAAAUUCAACCCCCCCUCACAUCCUGCUCGUCUUCGCAAAGAGGCUCCCAGAUACCCAGGUCCCCAAUUAAACGCCGAGGAAAUAGCCAGACAAAGCGUUAAGAAAUAUCCAAAUAUGAUGCCAGCAGAAGGAACUUUUAUGCAUUGGUUUAUCACCAACAAAUCUAUUCACAUAUGGAUUACAUUGGGCACACUAUCCACCCUCGCAGGAAGCGUCUGGAUAACAAACUUUAAACGCGAUUCCCCAUUCGGAGACAUGUUGCCCCAGUGGCCACAACUAUUCUUACACCCAAUAGCAUUUACGAGAACAUGUUUUGAAGUGUUACAUUUGCAUACUGCGCAUGUGACGGCGGAAACAACGGAGAGAAGGAAACAUAAGGUGGAAGAUGUUGCGAAGAGGGCUGCGUACAGAAAAGCUCAUGGAUUGGAUAAAGAUCAAGGGUUUGGCGGCUGGACUGCUAAGACUGAUGAAGAGAUCAUGGGGCCGGGAAUUAAGUUGGGAGGUGAGAAGGAGGCUGAGAUUGCUGAAAUUGCCGAGUCGGCUGAGUUGGGCGUGGAGGGGCAAGGACGGGAAGGAGAAAAGAAAGUUGUUUAUGAAAAACAAUUUUCGGGGAAGAAAUGGCUUGGAAUUUGGAUGAAGCCGAUAUGGGACGAGACAUAG